AUGAAAAAGCUGGCGGAUCGUUGGUUUAAUGAGCAACGUAAUCGUAGUGCUGUGAAGUCCUCCAGAGGCUGGCUGCAGUGCUGUAAGAGACCUCCACCGGCAUCCGACCUCCACCAGGAAGGAAACAUGAGGACAGUCUGGUUAGCUGUGCUGGCCCUGGUGUACCUGGAUCAUCCCGUCAGGGUUGGUACGGCUCCCAUCUGUGCCAACGGACGGGCCGGGUGUCAGGCGCCGUCCCUGGCGGACCUUUUUGAGCGGGUCAUCCAGCAGUCGUCCAGGAUGCACAGCAUCUCCAGUGACCUGCAUCCCGAGUCUGAGAGACACUUCUUCCCCAGCAAAAACCAGAUCGGGAGACGGCGGUGCCACACCUACACCAUACAAACACCAGAUGACAAAGAAAAUGCACAGAGGCUUGGGAGAGAGGAGCUGACGGAAGUGAUCCUGAGGCUGCUGGCGGCCUGGGGAGACCCGCUGUCGCAGCUCCACCAGAACCAGAACCAGGGCCUCAACCUCUACGGCUCCGACAAGGCUCUGGAGAUGAGCGACAUGGUGCAGGAGCUGAAGAACGGCGUGGUGAAGGUGGCUGAGAAAAUGAAGCUCCUGGGAGUGAUAAGCAACACCCUGAGCGAGGACAGCCUGGUCCCAUCAUCUCCCUCCUCCUCCUCAUCAUCUUCAUCAUCAUCUUCCUCAUCCUCUUCUUCUUCCUCCUCCUCUUCCUCCACCUCCUCCUCCUCGUAUGAAAGAGGUAAGCCGAACUCUAUGGACCACCUCGACCUGCUCUACUGCUUCCGCAGAGACACCAACAAAGUCCAGAAUUACCUCCGCAUCCUCAAAUGCACCAUUUUCCCCGAGCUGGACUGCUGACGUGACCGGUCUCGGCGCACCCACUGAGGCGUUUUUACAGCGCGGU